UGGGCAACAAAGUUUCGAUCUUUUAUUUAUACAGAACAGACAUACGAAGAACAGAAGUACAGCACACAACCAAGCUCUAAAUAGCUUUCUCUUUUAAGAAAUAAUAUUAGGACACAGGCAUGGGAAUUGCACGCAAGGGCUUGGCUUUCUGUAAGCCGCUUGGCGACCUGGGAACACUUGAGGUGGAUGAGAAUUGAGAAAGGUGAUGCCUUUUACUCUGGUGUAGAACAGCGGCUCAGAGUUGCUGAUCUCAUUGGUCGUUCUAUUUUGGUCAAUGAGACCGAAGAUAAAUCGGAUUCAGGUUUAAGAGCUGCAAUGAUUGCUAGAAGUGCUGGUGUUGGCGAGAACUACAAGAAGAUACGCACGUAUGAUGGCACUACUAUAUGGGAAGCAAGUAACAAAGACUUUGCUCCCAGUAAGGUCUGAGAAUGCUAGAUUUUACCGUGCAAUUUGUAUUGCUAGACAAAGGAUUCUCUGUGCUUAAAUGAUAUUGAAGUAACUUUUAAUUUUGAUGGACUGAAACAGAAGAGAGUUCUGUUCAAUAAAGCAGAUGUGUAGGA